AUAUCACGAUGUUCCAUAUCGUCGUCGGUGUCGUCCUGGUCAGCGGUAUCGCUUUGACUCACGGUCUAUCUGAGGAGCAGACCCUGCUAUUUAAGACUACGGGAAUACGGGAGCAUAACACCAAUCGAAUCGGAAGGGUGAACGUCAGCGAACGGGGACGGUAUUGGAUCAUAACAUCAAAUAACAUACCAGACCACGACACCGGGGACUUUCCAACAAAGAGCAACCCAAAUGAAAUUCAAGUGCAGAGUUACAGAUUUGAAGUACCGAAGAAUCCCGAGGUCAAUGAUGUCUCAACUUGUCUUCCGAUGGGCCCCAUCGCGAUCGCUACUAACGGCAUAGUCAUGUACAAUCCCUGGGACGCCGACGGCGAGAACGCGGUGGAGGGCGAAGGCGCAGAGGUAUUCGACCUAUGCGACGGCCAUCCAGAUAUCAAAGGAAGGUACCACUAUCACAGACAACCGUCAAGCUGCCUUUUCACCAUCACCGAAGAUCCCUCUCCGCUUGUCGGCGUCGCUUUCGACGGCUUUGCCAUCUAUGGACCUGUGGAUGAGAACGGUCGGCUUCUGACAUCGGACGACCUCGACGAAUGUCACGGUCGCAAGAACAGCAUAAGCGGUGACUACCAGUACCACACGACUGCCGACUUCCCUUACAUCCUCGGUUGCUAUCGUGGCACACCUACGAUCGGCACGAACAGGAGCAAUUGCCGCAAGGCGUCUGAUGCUGAUGCGGAAGGCAACGUCCUUAACCCGGUCUAAGCAAUGUCUGCUUUCGACAAAGCACAGGGGAGUGGUUCAUGUAAACAAUCAAAUUGUCAGAUAAAUUUUAACCGAUUGAUUAGUUUAGAUCCAAUGGGAUAAUAUGAUUUCAGUAGCUUAUAACAAUAAUCAGUCAAAAUCGCUGACUGUUGUUUCAUGAAAGAAUCUCCUGCAGAUGUCGACAACUUCGAUGGCAAAAAUCUCAGGUUGUUCGGGAGGGGAAUUAGCUGGGUAAACAAUUAAUGAGCAAAAAAAGAAUAUAAUCAUGCAGUCUUCAACUUCUAUUAUUUCCAUUUUCCCUUAUGUAACUCUAAUAAAUUUGCUUCCUAUAUAACUCAAAACGAGUGUUAAUUUCACCAUCAUGGGAAUGAAUUUUUCUAUGACAUAAUUAAUAUCCUUUGAAUAUACCUCCAGAAGAUGAUAUAAUAUUGGGCAAAAAAUUGGAAGUAUAGUCAAGUGAGAUUUCAUGUGGGGGUGUUUGGGCAAUUGGGCAUGAAUUGUGUGGGUAAACACCGAGACAG